GCUCCUUUUGCAGAAGCCAGUAAAGACUUGAAGCUAUGAAUCUGGAUAUUUCCAGGAUGGCACGCUCUCUGUAUGAGUGGAUCUGGCACCAUGAGUUCUGGCUGCCCCCAGGAAUCACUUGGGAGGACAUGCAGGAGUCUGAAGAUGUCCAUUACCCUCAGCCUCGUGAUGUCCUGCUCAGUAUCCCUUUUGCUUUAAUCUUGGUUGUCAUUCGCCGUGUCUUUGAAAGAGCCAUAGCCCUGCCCCUCAGUAGCAAACUGGGUGUGAGAGACAAGCAGAGACCAAAAGCUCAGCCCAACCCUGUAUUGGAAACAUUCUACAGUACAUGCUGCAAGAACCCGGGCGAGGGUGAGCUGCUCGGUUUGGCCAAGCAGUGCGACCUGCCGCUCAGGAAGGUGCAGAGGUGGUUCCGGCGCCGGAGGAACACGGACAGACCCAGCCUGUCCAAGAAGUUCUGCGAGGCCUGCUGGAGGUUUACAUUUUACAUCACUGCUUUCAUCACUGGACUGGCUGUCCUGUACGAUAAGCCUUGGCUUUGGGACCAUAAAGAAUGCUGGACAGGAUAUCCACAGCAGCCCCUCCAGUCCUCCCUGUUCUGGUACUACAUGCUGGAGCUCUCCUUCUACUGGUCACUGGUCUUCACCCUGCCCUUUGAUGUGAAGAGGAAGGAUUUCAAGGAGCAGAUAGUCCAUCAUGCUGCAACCAUCUUCCUGAUCAGCUUCUCAUACUGUGCCAAUUACAUCCGCAUUGGGACCCUGGUGAUGAUCAUUCAUGAUGCUUCUGAUUGCUUCCUAGAGCCAACUAAGAUAUUCAAUUACAUGAAGUGGAAAAGAACUUGUGACAGCCUCUUUAUGAUCUUCUCAGCUGUUUUCCUCAUCAGCCGCCUGGUCGUUUUCCCCUACAUAGUGCUCUAUAAUACCUACUAUUACUCCAUGGAGAUAUUCCAACCCUUCUUUGGAUACUACUUUGUGAAUGCUCUCCUGAUAAUUCUGCAGCUGCUCCACAUCUUCUGGUCCUGCCUAAUUAUUCACAUGGUCUACAUGUUCAUCCUCAGAGGCACGAUGGAAAAGGACAUGAGGAGUGACACAGAAGAAAGCGACAAGGAUGAAGAAAAGGUUAGGGAAAAGGAGCAAAAUGGGAUCACGUAUUUCAGCAGCGUCACAAGCAACAGCUGUAUCCAGAGGAACGGGUCUGAGCCACUGAACAACAGAACCCAUCUCACCAAUGGCCAUGUCAAGGAGAGAUAGCUACUGCGCCCGUGCUUCUGAUCUGCUCUGGCGUUAGCCCAGUUCAGUGUCUUUAGAAACAGUUUUGCUUAUUGUAUAGAUAAAUUGGAGUGCAAUUGCAGUAUCAUAGCUGAAUUCCUGCUUCCUGCCAACAGAAGUGUUUAAGGUCAGUCAUAGUUGGAGGAAGGUUUUGGUCUUUCUUCAAUACAAUCUUACUGUAGCUGGUAGCCUUGAAGCAGACAGAAAGGGAUCAAAGCGGUUUGACUUGGGUUAGGCUGUGCCACGGUUGUUGUUAAAUGUGUUAAUCUUGAAAAAUGCUUUAUAAAAACAAAAAAAGAGGUGGAUAAACUCUGACAGUGUUAAGUUUCAACCCCAUAAUGCUGUGUGAAAGGAUUCUGCUUAGCCUUUACCAGCCCCUGGAGGCCCUGGCCCAUUGUCACUAAUGGUUAUGGCUAACAAGUAAGUGUGAGACUCCAAAUCUUAAUGUGGGGAAACCUUUGAGAAGACACGUGCCCAUACACCGAAGAUUAAAACUGAGCGUAGUGAAAUGGAAGCUUUGGAAACACACAGGAGAAUACAUUUGCUUCUCAAAGGAAAUGCUGCUGUGUGCC